CAGCCAGAUCCAGCGCAUUUGCAUUCCCGUUCGUCCAUCCCGAUCCCACAGCACAACACAACACAACACAAGCUGAGCCAUGGGUCGAUCUGUCUGGAAAGGCCCCUUCUUUGUGAAGUUCCCCCAGGUUGCUGCUGGCGAAGCAAUCAAGACGAGCGCUCGGGCCUGCACCAUUCUGCCGUCAUAUGUCGGCCGCAAGUUCCUGGUUCACAACGGCAAAGAGCACAUCCCCGUGCUUGUCACCGAGCAAAUGGUCAACCACAAGCUCGGGGAAUUCGCUGCCACUCGGAAACCGUUUUCGUAUCGCAAAGAAGAAAAGGGAAAGAAGAAGUAGCGGCGCCAAACGCAUUCGACGGAUCCAGUUCCUGCAAUCGCGUAGACUCCCGUCCGUGAUCGUGCGGCCACCCCCAAUCCGUUUGCCACGCAGAUCCUGGCCGCAGUUGUGCAGAGCCCAACCCCUCCCCGAAUCGAGCCCUCGUAGGCGGCUUCCAAUAAAGAUCAACCCAGACAUCCUCUCCA